AUGCUGAAGUACUUGUGCAUGAUUCGUGCGAUGGCGGUCUUAUGUGCUAUGCAGGCUGCUGACGAGAGAAACACGGUCGAGAUUCGCUCCCGAGCAGAGCGCGCCUUGCAAAACAUGAAUGCAGCAGCCCUCAUGCGCUGUGGACUCACUUGCGACUACACAUCUGAGUGCCUGGGUUUCUUGCGCAGGAACUUUGACAUUGAGGAUCCAGAUGUAUCCUGCACCCCCAGAGUGCUGGAAGAGUUCACCAAGCGCCAGCGGUUCUUAUUUGUGGAUGGAUACAUCCUCUCCGACAGCUCGCAGGUUCCCAGUUCCGUGGACGGCUCCGAGGCUCCAGGCUCCCAGGCUCCCAGGAGGUGUGCAACCCAGUUAGUUUACGAGGAGAUCCAGACACCAGAGCCGAUCUUCUAUGGCAACAGAGUCCACUACCUGUGCACGAAGGCCGGCAUUUCUGAUGUAAGGCAGAUCAUGGGAACUAUGGCGCACGUGGUCGAGGCGAUGCUGGAGCGUUUGCGAGUAGAUCUGACGGAGGAUGAGAUCGCCGUGGCUCUGCAGGUAUUCAACCUUCGGCUGUGGCAGGAGACGAACCGACAACAGGAGCUAGUGGACUCUACACGCAAGCUCUGUGAUAUGCUCAAGCUUUCGCACGGGGAGAUUGCGAAGAGUCGCAAUCUUGCUUCAGAGAAAGUCAAGGUCGAAAAAGUCCAGGAUGGUGAGGAACAGAACUUGAGGUACAACAACACCUUGUACAACAAGGCCUUACACCAGGCUGCCACAGCAGCUGUUGCAGUGCUGCGGGGUCCAUCCGGUCCCGUGGAGAAGGCUGCCCGGAGAUUGGAGCUGGAAUUUGGGCGGGGCAUCUUGAGCAGUCAGUACUCGAAGUUGAGCAAGCUGUUAUCGCUGACCAACAAGCUCGCAUCUGCUACCAGAAACGCUGUAGACCUGACGGCCUGGAUGAUCGACUCCUUGACGCUGGCCCUGCGCAUGAACAUGGUCACGCCAGCUAAAUGCACCGAGAAGUUUCUGGAUCGAGACCGGAAGACAGGCGAUGCUGGCUUUUGGUUGUCGCGCAUGCUGGUGGUGCAGGUCUUCGAUUAUGCAGCAAAGCUGGCGAACAAGUUGCCUGAGCCGGACAAGGUUAAGCUGACAGGGAUUUUGGCUGAACUCCGUUGCCCUUCCACAUGUUGGGAGAAAUAUCUCUGCCAUGCUGAUGCUGAUCAAGGGGCUGCUGGAGAGGACGACAUGGACGGCGAGGACCCAGAGGACGUGGAGCGCCCUGUUCCGCAGUCCAAGAUUGGAGCUGUUAAAGAGGGUUUCAACAAAGCCAUUGGCAUGCUUUUGGAUUUGCUGCUGGAGCUGAUGUCGGGGAAGUACUACAAGGAUUGCUGCAUGCUGGCUUCGAGUGAAGAUGGCCUUGCAAAGGCAUUGACAGCUGCACAGCUUGGAAGCUCGGAUGACACGGAGCACGAGGAGCCAUGUGCGCUUAUCACUCAGAUGAAGAUCAUUGUCGACAAGUUCGACAACAGCACGAAGUCCGUUGGUGCCACAUCUGCGGCUCCUGCUCCGAGUUUGCUCCAAAGCCUGGCCAAGGCUUCUGAAGCUGACACACCCGAGGAAUGUGUCGAGCGUGAGCGGCAGUGGAAGGCGGUGCAAACGGAACGCCGCAAGUUCGUGUCGUUCUCGGUACCGAACAAGAUCUCGAAGGACUGCCUAGUCAAUGCGUUCAGAGGUUGCGGCAAGGUCUUCACGCACAAGGGCACCUUAAACUCUUCGCACCGCCUGAUCGUUGCCAGUGCGGAUCUCUUGGCAGAGGCUGGUACCGACCCGUGGCUCAAGGGCACUCCGCCAAGCGAGGAAUGGAAAGAGAUCUGUGCCUUUGCCAAAGACAUUUCUGGGCCCGAGGAUUUCGUCGUACUCUUCGACGGCAGAAUGCGGGAAAUUCGCCGCGUGUCCGAGCUCAAAGGCUGCACCUGGUUCUUUAAGGAAGACCUCCUGCUGAACCAGCAGCACACCGAGGAGUGCACCAUCGUGUACUCAGGUGGGUGCCCGCCGAGAACUGGUCGCACUCGCCGCGUUCCGCUGGCUGCAAAGAAGGUGGAGACAGGAGCGGUUAAGUUCCCGGUCGCACGCACCAAGAUUCAGACGACGAAGAAAGGCUCCUUCACAGUCUGCGGCGAGGCUUCUACGUACCAAGGCACUUACUCAGGCGUGGAGUACCGUGCGGUUUCUGAAAUGCCCCUCGUGUCUGCAGACACCAAGAAGAAGAUCAUUGCUCCGGCAACAACCGGCGACCUCCCGACACCGCCAGAGGACUGGCAGGAUCGCCACGGCUCCGACGUACCCUUGUUCUGGAACGAGUCGAAGCCGAUAGCAUAUUGGAAUGCCAUCAUUGAGGAGUUUUGCGCGGAGGCAGUGUUUGACCUCACGGCUGGCACCGGUGCUCUGAUGGAGGCGGUUGCUGAUCGCGCAGCUUGCGGAAUGAUGGCUUUGGAGGGAUCCACUCUUUACUCGGACGAGAAUGCCAAGGCGGUGAAGAAGCAUUUCCCGCACGUUCUGGAGAGCUUGUCCAACCAAGACGACCAGGACGAGGCACCUGCUGAGCCAGAUAGUUCCCUGCUUGGGUUCGACAUGGGCUGCCGAUGGAGGCCUACCAGACGCCUCUGGGGCAAAACCAGUCUCAAGACGGCUUCUCGUCGGAUGCCCCGGGGGUGCCAGCAUGGUGGCAGCAAAUCGCAGAGCUUGCGGAAGCAGGCUGUGAAAGACGGCUUGGUCCCCAAGGCUCGAAGGGCCUUCGUCAUCUGGUUCCAGGAAAACUCCGAAGUCAAGAAAGGCGCUCCCAAGCACGAGUUUCUCAAUGAGAUGAAGCAUCUUGGCGCAGUCUGGCAGGGCAUGACCGACAAGCAGAAGGCACCAUUCAUGGCGAGGAGCAAAGAUGAGUUCAUGGCUCAGCGAAGUGCACUGGCCGUUCUUGGCAUCAGGAUGCGGGGCUCCACGACCAGUGCGGGCGGCCCCGACGAGGCGAAGGACCCCCCUGCCGCUGACGAAUCUGGCGGUCGCGUUGGCCCAUUUGAGCUUAAUGGUGCAAGGGCUCCAAUUGGAGGCGGAGCCUAUGGCAGUGUCUACAGUUGCCAGCAUCCGCAAAGCGGCCUUAACGUGGCGGUGAAGGUUUAUCGUGGCUCCGAUGGCCCCGCGGAUUGCAGGCACGAAGUGGAGCAGAUGAAGCUUCUAAUGAAGGCCGUUCCGCAGCAGAAGAUGAUGUGGUUCCCGCUUCUUGUCAGCUCGGGUGUCACGGGCAGACCUUGGCCAUGGAUGGCUACUAGCCUAUGUGGGCCCAGCCUGGCAACCGCACUUCGAAAUCCUGCGGCGCAUGGCAAGCCGAGGACGUGGUCUGUGGCAGCUCAGCUGAGAAGUGCACUGCAGACCUUGCAUGACGCAGGCAUCCUACACUUGGAUGUGAAACCUGGCAAUGUUCUUUGGUGCCCUUGCACAGAUCAGGUGCAGGUGUGCGACUUCGGCAUGAGUGAGAACAUGGCACGGCUCCAGAAGGCUUCUCAGGCUCCCAGGUUCCUGCAGUAUGUCACGGCUGCCUAUCGACCUCCGGAGCUGUGGCCCGCUCGUGUGAAUGGCGAUGGAGACUGCGGUGUCAGAAAGCAGCUGCUGACUGCAGCUGUGGAUAUGUGGGCCUAUGCUUGCGUGGUGUUUGAGGUGGAGACCGGGAAUCCCUUCAUGCCCAAGGGGGAGGCCGGACUGAGAGCGUGGUGCAAGCAGUGGCCCGAGCUGUGGAAAACACGCAGCGACUUAGCCAAUUGCCCCGCUGCAAGUCACACGUGCUGCACAAAGGUGCUUCGAGCCGGUAAAUGGGGGCUGUUUGUGUUGGUCGGCUGUGCUCCAGACCCCGGAAAGCGGCGGUGGCCGGAGCUCUGUCUGAAUCAGAAAUGA